AUGUGUGGUGAUUCCUUUGAUACUUCUCCGUCCACGGGCAGUAGCCGCCCGCUUGAAGUGGCGGGUCGGGUUGAGGGAAGGGACCUCAAUGAACUCGGUGGGCCCAUGGCGCGCUUGGAGGAAUUGUUGGAACAAGGGCAUGACCUCCUUCACGGCGGCAGUAUUGCGAAGUUACCCACGGCGACUCCAUUCUACGAACCCGCCAUGUCCGGAGGGAUGGAUCAAAGUUCAGUUUUGCAACAGUCUCACGAAAAAUUACAGGAGCUCUUUGAAAUGGCAAGUGGGUUGGGGCGCAGUCGCACCCAUGAUGUCAAACGUAACAAGCCAGCCGUGGGGAAGAAUAGCGGUGCAGCUGGUCGUAACCGGCUGCUGGCGCGCGGAAAUGUGGGAAAUAGAGCCACCCCUUCGAGGGGAUUGUUGAACAAGAAUGCAAGGGGAGAUGUGGACGAUCGGGAGGAUGUGUCCCUUGAGGACUUAUGGAAACGCGUUCGGCGGGAGUUGGAGGAAUAUCGUAACAACAAGGGGCCAUUCAAGGAGAGCGCCCCUCGUAGGCCUGUUUGGAACCCACGGCGCAAAGCCUUGUCACAACCGAGAAUGCCAACAGCACUGUACAAACCAAAAAACUCCUUUUCAACGAGGCCAACGAACCGCGAGCGCAGCUUGUGGAGCCGCGCAGCCAAGCCACGAAGCACGACCGCCCCCCCUGCACCCAAAGUUUCUCGGGGGAAUGUUGUUAGACGUAGUGUUGCUGCCUCACGGCGCCAAGAUGGAAGCGGACCGUGGGAAAGGCUGUAUGCUCUCGCGUCCGCGCAUCAGGCAAAGCGAAAGAUGAUGGAAACGGAAAUGAAUGCGCGCAGAGGUGGCGGUCGUAGCCAGACGUCUGUCCAGCAGCGGUUUGGCAUGCUUCGUAUGAAGAGCGCUGCCCCCAUGGGGUAUCGCGGUGUUUCUGCUGCCAGUGGUGUCGGGAGCUCCUACCGACAAGUGUCCCCUCCAUUAGGGCGUGUGGCAUCUCGGAACCGUGGGUGGAGCGCUCCAGCUCGACCAGCAACAAAAAGAGAGCGGUACAACUCCCUCGCCACGGGGCCGGCGUGGACUUCCGCAAUGAGGGCAACCAACACGUUGGGAGUGGGUAAAUCCCCUGGAAACCGCAGACACACGUCAAGCGCGCUUUCCGGUAGCCUGACCAACUGUGGUUCAAAGGGGCGUAGCGUGGGAGGUUUGAGGAAAACAGGUACCGGGCUGCGGGACGGGGUUGGAAACCUGCGCCGGCGCGCAACCGAACUAUCGCUGGGAUCGUCGCCCCCAGAGUUUCAAGGUACGAGGUCGCCGAACUGCAAGCCCGGGUUUGAGUUGUUGAGAGGUCGGUCGCCCAGACCCCAUCCAAAUGGGACGUCUGCUCAAACGGGUUCGCCUACUCCCAAGUUCGUUAAACCAAUAAAUAUGGAUCGUAUUCUUCUGGGCUCCUCCCCACGGAUGUAA